GUCUCAACCAGAACAAUGAAAACUGGUUCAGUUCUAAUGCUGUUCUUCCUGGGGACAUGCUCGGCUUAUGACUACAAAAACGUGGCUUUGCGUGGAAGAGCGACACAGUCAGAUCGUCUGGAGCAUAUAUUUGCAUCUGCUUCCAACGCCAUUGAUGGAAACCGUGAAUCUAAUUAUAACGCUGGUUCAUGCAGCCACACUAAAAAACAGACCAACCCCUGGUGGAGGGUGGACCUGCUGGAGUCCUACGUGGUCACUUCUGUUGUCAUCACCAACAGAGGAGACUGCUGUCCAGAACAAAGCAAUGGGGCAGAGAUUCAUAUUGGAAACUCUAUACGAGACAAUGGUGUUGCAAACCCAGUUGUUGCUGUAAUUCCCAGUAUGCCAGUAGGCACAAUUCACACAGUAACUCUUACAGAACAUGUGGAGGGACGUUAUGUGACUGUAGUUUUACCUGGUCCAGAAAGGCACCUCGCACUCUGUGAAGUGGAAGUCUACGGGUAUCGUGCUCCAACUGGAGAGAACCUGGCACACCAAGGAAAAGCUUCACAGUCAUCAUUGGAAUCAUAUCUUGGCAAUGCAUAUAAUGCUAUAGAUGGGAAUCGUGCCAGCAAGUAUGAAGACGGCAACUGUGCUUGCACAAAAAGCGAGCUCAGUCCCUGGUGGCGACUGGACCUGGGAAAAACCCACAAAGUGUUUUCUGUUAAGAUAACCAACAGAGAUGUUGUCCCAGAACAACUCGAUAGAGCUGAGAUCCGCAUUGGAAAUUCUCUUUCAAACAAUGGAAACAACAAUCCCCGGUGUGCUGUGAUCAGUCACAUCCCUGCAGGUUUUACCCAAACGUUCCAGUGCAACGGGAUGGACGGUCGCUACGUUAACAUAGUCAAUCCUGAAAGAAAUGAGUACCUGACCCUGUGUGAGGUGGAGGUGUAUGACUCUGUAUUGGACUAGAUCU